GCCAGCCGGCGCCCGGGCGGGGGAGGCGGCGGCCAUGGCGGCCGGCGGCCCCUUCCGCUUCGCUCCCGCGCGGCUGCGCUUCGCCGCCGAGCACCCCUUUUUCGAGGACGGCGACGUGCACCGGCACCUGUGCUUGCGGGACGCGGUGGCGAGCGCCGCGGAGGCCCCCGAAAGACCCCGCACUUCCGAGAUGUUUUGCCAUGCCACUGGAUGCUGCCAGGUUUUCCACACCUUGGAAAGUUAUGAGCAUCACUACAACGUGCUGCACAGGAAUGUUUGUUCUUUUUGCAAGCGCUCCUUCCCUUCACCGCAUUUGCUAGAUAUUCAUAUUCUGGAAUGGCACGACUCCCUUUUCCAAAUGAUGGCUGAGAAACGCAACAUGUACCAAUGUUUGGUAGAGAGCUGUCCACAGAAGUUCAAAAGCAGCAAAGACCGUCGAGAUCAUUUAGUCAAAGUUCACCAGUACCCAUCUGAUUUUCGCUUUGAUAAAACCCUGAAAUGUAAAAGCAGCACAAAGCAAACGAGGCCUCCAUUGAGCGAGAGCAGUGUGCCAAUGGACGUGAACGACGGGGAUGGCAAGCAGGCAGCGGCGGAUGCCAUGGAGCUGGGUUCCAGCGAGCCUGCUGUGGAGCACACCCUCCCACCUGCUGAGGAGAGGGCUUUGCAUGCCCCAGUGCCUGAGAAGCGGCUCUAUAGGUCCAGAAUCCCACGCACUAUUUGCUUUGGGCAAGGGGCCACCCGUGGCUUCAGAUGCAGGAAAAACCAGUCCUGAGGGGCCAGUGCACAGAUCACCAAGAGCCUUUGGAGCACAGAGCAGCAGCUGUGUACGUGAAAAAUAUGGCAAUGAGACACUGUGGACUCCCUUCUGUAGGGUGAGGGAGAGGCAUGGGCUGUCCUCGGACCUUGAACUGAGGCAAAGCAAGCCUGGCGGAAGUGAGCCCCUGCGCCUCCUGAGGGAGGCAUGUGAUGGAAGCGUACCAUUCGAGAGCUGCCAUCUUCCGCUGGAAGCUGCUUGUGGAACGCAGCGCUAUUCAAUACUUCUGGAAGUACGGGAAAUGAAAGUUGUCCAGAUAUUUUUAUAAUAAAAUGUUCAGCGCUGCUGGAUGGUGGGCAAAGUA